AGUAUUUUAGUUGUUAUGAUGUUCAGGCGUAGGUAGUCAUAUUCGCUUGGCAACCACGUGUGUAACUACCGUAAACACAAUGUGCGGUACGUUUUCUGGUUGCCUAUAAAUCACCACGCACUGUUCAUGUUAGCGCAAGGAUUUUGUUCCGGAAAAUAUCAGUGUGGAAAAUCGCGGGUCGUCGACAUGUCCGAAGAAGACGUGAUACCUGAAACCGGAGCUGUUUUCACGUAUGGCAAAAGUAGUUUUGCAGACAAUAUUCCGAGUCACUUUUUCAUCAGAAACGAUCCAGUGAUCGAAAUAAGUUGCGGGGAAGAACAUUCCGGAAUCGUCUGUAAAAACGGAAGAGUGUUUUGUUUUGGAAAAAAUAGUUUCGGACAACUUGGCCUAGGACAUACGGAAAAUGUUUACAAGCCUAAUUGCGUUAAAAGUUUAAAACCAGAUAAGGUGAAGCAUAUCGUCUGUGGACGGUCACACACAAUUGUUUCAACAGAAAAUAACAUUGUUUAUGGAUUUGGCGAUAACAGCGACGGCCAACUCGGACUAUCGGCAUCAGAGGUGACUUACAGCGACGUGCCUAUUGAAGUUACACGUUUCAACGAUAAGAAUAUCAUUCAAUUAUCAGCCGGAUCCUAUCAUACGGCGGUUCUUAUAGAAAACGGCGAUGUUUACAUCUGGGGCUCGAACAGAGACAGACAACUAGGAUUGAAUUCAUUGGACGCUGAUUCGGUCAACGUCAGUGUGCCGACCAUCGUGCCGAUUACUCUACCUGUCGUGUAUGUAUCUUGCGGACACAUUCACACAGCAUUUGUCACGAAAAACGGAGACUUGUAUACGUGCGGCGAUCGAGAGUAUGGAAAACUUGGCCAUGGCUUGUGGUCACUUAGUCGAGUCGAUACAACCGAGAAGAUCGUUAAAGUCGCUUGCGGGGCUAACCACACGAUUGCAUUGAAUGAUGCGGGAAAAGUCUUCGUUUGCGGUAACAAUGAUUGUGGACAAAUAGGUCUGCGAAGUGUUACAUCACAAGGUCAUCUGUACCCUUGUCCCAUUACAAAUGAACCGAUCGUUCAGAUUGUAUGCGGCCAGAGCCACAGUGCUUUUAUUACCGCAAGCGGUAAACUAUUUAUGUGUGGUGAUGGAAAAUAUGGAAAGCUCUGCAUAGAUGACAAUCAAAUAACAACUCCAACGCUAGUAUUGGCGUUCGUAGACAAAAGUUUAAAAGUACAGAUGGUCAGUUGUGGAGGAAAUCAUACUUUAAUUCACGCCGAGCCUUUCGAAAACGAUCUCUCCAAUAAUAGUUUACAACAAAUAAAAUCGUCUGACACCUUGCCUCCAUUAAAGGUUGUGAAAAAGAUAAUCGAAGAGCGAAAAGAAAAUAUUGAACCAUUUACAUCGAUUACUUUAGCUAAUGAUAACGAUUCUGAAGCAUUAAACGUAGUCAAAGAAAGCGUAAAAGAAAUCAACACAAAUAUGAUCGAUCAACAAAUUAAAGUGGAUAAAAAAUCGUUCAAUGAUAUUAUACCAAGAAUAAAAACCACAAAUAUAGAUGAUAAAUCGACAGAAAAGGAAGUAAAAAAUACAAACAUGUUGGUAACUAAUGAGAAAAACGAAAAAAAAAUUGUAAAUAAAUCAAAAUACCCUAGAAAUGAGAGAGUACGGUCUCGCUUGUGUAUAGUCAUUUAAAAAAAAAGAUACAUACUUAUUAGUUGUUAAUAUAGUUAUUACAAUAUAUUAUUAUCAUAUACAUAUUAUAUAUUUAUAAUAUAAAUUAUAUUACUUGGAUAAUUUUUAGUUUUAUGUAUUUACAAUUUUAAUACUGACUAUGUAUAAUGUUAUUAAUAUGUAUUACAUUUAAUCUCAUUGUUAAAUUAAGAUUUACAUAGUAUUUGUAUUACUAUAUUAUAUUCAUUCAUUUAGACAUACUUUAAACAUUAUUGUUUUGAGUGAAGGCUGUUGAUUGAUUUUUUUUUUCAACAUUGUUCUAAAUAGUUUUUACAGUUUUUAGCUUAAUUUUCAAUUGUAGAUAUUUAUAUCAAAGAUAUUAUAAUAUCCGUUUUAAAAAUAUUCUUCUCAAAUGUUAAUUUGCAAUAUAUACGGCCAUACGGAUGUACGUGUUGUUUACAAAGUAAAUACAGAUAUCAUACUGCAAUGACACACCUUCGUUUGAAUUUACAGUAGGUAGGUAUCAGGUAUUACAGCAUAUUAUAUAGCAGUCCCUGCAUGUACUAUCUGAAAUACUAAUCAAUAAAUUUAAUGAUAAAUAACAUCUCGACUGUCUAAAAUAUACUAAUGUACAUUGUAUAAUAAAUAAAACGUGUCACAUAAUAAACAAUUGAAAUGUUUUUUAAAUAUCAUUU